AUGCUUGAGGAGGCAGGCCAAGCAGGGGCGGAGAGGGAUGAGAUGGAGAUGGGGGGCAAUGACCUGAGGGCGGAGGUGGUGAGGCUGAAUUUGGAGCUCCGGGAGGCCAAUGAGGAGAAACUACAGGCGGCCCGUUAUGGCUUAGUGGUGCUGGAGGAGAGUGCUGAACUGAAGAAGAAACACACCCAGCUGGAGGAGGAGUAUGAGACCCUCAAACAAGAGCAACAGCAACUCAAAGAGGCUCUGUCAGACUCUGUGAACCACCACAAGCGUGCAGCAGCAGAUGGGGAGACCCGGGAGGAGUGCCUGCUGCAGGAAACUGCCAGCAAGGAGGCUGCCAUGGCAACCAGCAUGGCUGAGCUUCAGGUCGAGUUACGGCAGGGGCGUAUCACUCUGGGCAACGCUCACGCAGAGAUCGACCGUCUGGCUGGCCUCUCAUCCCAGCUAAAGAAGGAGUGUGAGUGUUGGGAGGCGGAGAAGGGCCACAUGAGGAAUGAGAUGAAGGAGUAUAAGGUGCGGGAGCUCCAGCAGCUCCAGGACAACAGUGAGCUGGAGGAGGAGAACACCUGUCUGCAGAAACAGGUGUCUGUACUCAAGGAGAACCAGGUGGAGUUUGAGGCGGUGAAGCUGGAGCUCACCCACAAGGAGGAGCAGGACGAGGUUCUCAGGGCCCAGCUGGAGGAGGCGGCGCGGCUGAGGGAGAUCGCUGAGCAUCAACUGGACGAGGCCCUGGAGGCCCUGAAAGAGGAGCGGGAGCAGAAGAACAGCCUGAGGAGGGAGCUAUCGGCCCUGGCCCUCAACCCCUUCGACUCUGUGGGCAACCUGGAGCUGCACCUGGAGCAGCUGGAUGACAGUGGCGAUAGCGGAGGGGGCCAGAGGAGCUCUGAGGACCAGGAGCACGACCAGGACAGUGGUUACAACAAUGGCCCAGGGUCUGGUUGCGCUCCUACUAAUCCUAACCCCAAGGCAAACGGGCACGUCCAGCGCUUCUCCACCCCCAGGAACAGUGAUGUGUUCCUGAGGCCUGCCCCUGGCCUGGUGUCUGACCUUCUCAGUGAGCUGCACCUCUCAGACAGCCAGAAGCUCAAACAGCAGCUCAUGCAGGCUGAGCGGGAUAAGACUGGUCUGGCCAACACUGUCCAGGACCUCCAGAGGCAGUUGGAGCUGUCCCAGCAGGCCUUUAGUGAGCAGGAGGACAAGGUGGGCUCCCUGACCCAGCAGCUGGAGGCCGUACAGCUGCAGAAACACAUCCUGCCCCAGGGGAAGGCAGCAGGUGACCGGGGGGACAGCAGCAGCAGGACCCUGGAGAAUGGUGCGGAUGACUACGACUAUGAGCUGGACGUAAAGAGCGCUGAGGUGUUGGAGGCUCGGAUGAAGGCGGCCGGCGAGGAGCUGCUGAAGCUGCGUGAGGAGCUGUCUCAGGCAGGGAAACGUUACUCGGCCCUGGAGCAGCGCUGCCGGCAGGAGAAGGAGCGAUGGAGGGGAGAGGCCCAUGAGCUGGCUGAGAAGAUCCGCCAGUGCAUCAAGUCCAGCCGGCAGGACCAGGAGCGCAUCAGCGAGCUGGAGAAGGAGAUCGGAGCGACGAGGAAAGUGGCUACUGAUUCUGAGGGUCAUCUCAGCGUGGCACAGGAGGAGCUGCUGGCCUUCUCUGAGGAGCUGGCCAACCUCUACCACCACAUCUGUGUGUGCAACAACCUCACGCCCAAACGCGUCACCCUGGACUACUACCGCGACGGGGCCAGGGGGCAGUCAGGGGGGAGCGGAGGGAGGUCCAACCACCUGCACCCCCAUCACGGACGUAACAAGCGCCGCUCCAACGAGUUGUUUGCGAAAGCAGUGCACGGAGGGGAUGGAGACAGUAGGCCUGGUACUCCCCAGGACUCCCGUGACAACUCCCCCUCGACACGCUGCUCCUCCCCCGCCCCAGUCUGCCCUGGCUCCCCCACGCUGGACUUCAGGGACCCCUCCAACGUACGUAACCUGGUGGCUGUCAUCCGCUGCCAAAUCAAACACCUCCAGGUGGCGGUGGACCUGUGUCGCCACCGGGGCACGCUGCCCUAUUCGGGAGGGAUCAGCUGUGGAGGGGAGCUGGAAAGUGAGGCCCUCACGGAGGAGGUGCUGAAGCUCAAGUCUCUCCUCAGCACCAAGAGAGAACAGAUUGCCACUCUCAGGACUGUCCUCAAAGCCAACAAACAGACAGCAGAGUUGGCUCUGAGCAACCUGAAGACCAAGUACGAGACAGAGAAGAGCAUGGUGUCUGAGACCAUGGUGAAGCUGAGGAACGAGCUUAAGGCCCUGAAGGAGGACGCUGCCACCUUCUCCUCACUGAGGGUGAUGUUCGCCAGCCGGUGUGACCAGUAUGUCACCCAGCUGGACGAGAUGCAGAGGCAGCUAGCAGCGGCUGAGGAUGAGAAGAAGACCCUGAACUCCCUGCUCCGCAUGGCCAUCCAGCAGAAGCUGGCCCUGACCCAGCGCCUGGAGGACCUGGAGGCCCCUAUGUCCCCCCACGGCCUCGGCAACAGCCCUCGCCGCGUCAGGGCCAAGGAGCUGGGCACCAAAACGGGCCGAAGCCCCCGGCGCAACAGCCCCGUACGGAGCAGGAACAGUCCCCGCUCCAGCCCAGUCCUCACCAACAGUGUGUCCAGCACCGCCAGCCACCACUUCCGAGCCCUUACCCACAGCCUCCACACCAGCCCUCGGUAAAACCAGUCAGUCGUCACGAUCCCCCCAGUCCUCCAUAAGAACCGUGUUCUCCAUGUCCACCUCCUGAAACACCGCCUUCCCUUCCUCCAAACACAUCCUCUUCAUCCCAGACCUCCUGAGUCAACUCCCAGACCUUUCUACUCUACUCAUCAGACCCGGUGGACUGGCUGCCCUUUCCGUUUCUCCCUUCCAUCUUCCUACCCUCUGUAUGGACCCAAGAUGCCUACCUGCAUGCAACCAGGAAGGGAGAGUUAAAGAAGAAAACAUACUCUGAUUUUAUUUAUAAUGUUAUGAAGUAAAGGACUGUUUUUCUGACCUACACAGUAUUAUUUACCCUUUCUUUCAAACUGAAAACCCUGUCCUGCUGUUGAUGUAUAUUUAUGCAAAUAUAUUCCAUUUUGAUGCUGCUGCAAGUUUUUUGACACUAGUGAAGACGUUUAGCCUGGCAACAUGCUGAACUCUGUCUGGCAACGUUCUUCUAGUGUCAGGCAGCAUCCCCCCUGGACAACUGCUGCAUAGCGUGACCUCCAUGUCAGACAGCAUCCCCCUGGACAACUGCUGCAUAGCGUGACCUCCAUGUCAGACAGCAUCCCCCCUGGACAACUG